AUGAAUCAAAUACAGACCCAACCCCCUAAAAAAAAGAAAAGGUCACUUGGUACUUUUCCAUGUCAACAUUGUGGUAAAGUUUUCAGUAGAUCAGAUCAUUUAGCAAGACAUAAUUUAAACCAUGAACCAAAAGAAGUUUAUAUAUGUGACAUUUUAAUUGAUUAUAAUGGUAAAAAAAUCCAAUGUGGUAAAACAUUUGUUAGAAAAGAUUUAAAAGAAAGACAUAUUAAAAGACAUUAUGAAUUAAUGAAUAACCAAAAACCAAAAGAAUCAAUUCCUGUAAUUUUAAUGCCACCACCUAUCCCACAACAACCAAAUUUAUCAUAUCCUAUUAAUAAAAAUUCAUCAAUGCCGCAAAAUGAUAUAAUUAAUUGGUUAUUCGAUUCAAAUCAAUAUCAUUCAGAUCAUUCAAUCGAUCCAUCUCCAGUACAAAAUGCUACUAUACCAGAUUUCAACUAUAAUCAAGUUUUUUAUAAUAAUGACAAUCCCUUAGAUGAUUUAUUUAAAAAUGAUCUACUCCCGUCUUAUUUAAAUUUAAAUGUUUCAAGUUCACCUACAAAUACUUUAGAUUCAGAUAAUUCUUCCGAUAUUCAAGAUCAUGGAAAAUUAAAUAUAGAAACAAAUCAACAAUUUUUCAUUGAUAAUAUAUUGGUAAAUAAAAUGCUAAAUUUAAUUAAAAUAUCACCAAACGAAAUUAAUGAAGAGAAUUUAGAAGAUAGGUUUUCAUUAUAUCUAUGUUCAUAUUGGAAAUAUUUUCAUCCACAAUUCCCAAUAAUACAUAAACCAAGUUUCAAUACAAAAUCAACUGAAUUAUUACUUUUAUUAGCCAUGAUUAUAGUUGGUGCUCAAUAUGGUUUCCCCGUCAAUAAUGAAAAUUUGGCAAAAUUGAAAAAGAAAUCUCCAGAAUUUAAAAUAUCAUUAUUGUUAAUCAAACCAUUAAGAUUUGUUUUAUUUGAACAUGAAGAUUUUAAAUCACCAGUUAAAUUAUGGGUUUUACAAAGUUUAAAUAUGAUUGAAUGGGUAGAAAAGAACUUUUUAACCAGAUCAAUGCACGAACGUGCUCACCUUCAUCAUGGUACAUUAGUUCAGUUACUAAGGAGGUCACCUAUUUUAGGAGGUAACCCUAUUAAAAAAGGUUCAACGUCAAGUCCCGAGGAAAGUGAAGAAGAAAUGGAUACUACCGAUUCUGAUUUAUUUAUAAAAUGGGUUGAAUCAGAAUCUAUGAAAAGAAUUACCUUUAUGACUUUUUAUCAAGAUAUAACUGAUUAUAUAAAAUUUCGACAUAAUCCCCAAAUAUUAUUUCACCAACUACAAUUGUUAAAUUUACCUUGUGAUGAUCUACUAUGGGAAACUAAUGAUCAAUCAUUUAAAAAAUUAGUCAAGAAACAAAAAAGAAUACAAGGUAAGAAAAUUAAAACUAAUUUUUUAUCAAGUGUUAAGAAUCUACUUAAAUCAAGUGAAUUAAAUCAAUCAAUAUUCAUUAGAAAAGUUUUAUUAGCAGGAUUAAUAAGUUUAAUGUAUCAAAUGCAACAAAUUGAUUUACAAAAUAAUUCAAUAUUUCUUUCCAUUACUCAUGCUAAUAAUAAUGUUUGGAAAGAAAUUAUAAUACAAGCUUUUGAUAAUUUUCAAGUUUCAGAAGAUACAAUAUCAAUACAUUAUUUAACACAAAUUAUAGGAUUAUCAGAAAUAAAUCAUUAUGAUAUUGCAAUAUUUGGUGGAUCUCCAGCUAAUCAAAGUGUUUCAGCAACAAUGAAAGAUCAUUAUACUGUUCAACAAAAGAUGAAUAAUAUAUGGAAAAAUAAACCAGAAAAUUUAAGAAGUAUUAUUUAUUGUUAUAAAUUUCUUUGGCAUAUUUUUUUAGAUUCAAGAGAAGAUUUUGAUACUUUAACUUCGAUGUCAGUGGCAACACUUGUUUUAUGGAGUUAUUGUUUUACAUUAGGAUUAGAAAGUAA